ACAUGUCUAAACUCGGCUUAACGCGUAUCGGGUGCCCAUUGGCCACUGGCCCCUAGCCCUCGCCCUCCCUUUUCUAUUGCUCCGAAGCCCGAGUUGCGAGCUGUCUCCUCCACUCUUCUCCUUCACUGUCGCAGCCGCCCCUUGUAGAAGCUUCGAGGCUGCUGCUGCUGCGCCCAUGGCCGCGGAAGGCAAGACGCCGUCCCUCGCCGAGGAGUAUUCACUUCCACCACAGGAAGUUCCAGUGGAAAAGGCAGCUGAGGAGAAGCCCUCUAGUGGUACUGAGUCUGAAGCUGCUCCCUCAACCAAUGAUGAAACUCCUCCAUCUGUAGAAGACAAGAAUGGAACUUCUGAAGUACAAGAUGCUGCUGAAAAUCCAGAGGCAGAAGAAACUAACACUGCUGCAGAGGAAACACCUGCUGUAGAGGAAGCAAGUGAGACUACCGAGGAGGAAGAGGCUGAGAAACCUGAGAUCAAGAUCGAAACAGCUCCAGCAGAUUUUCGUUUCCCAACAACAAACCAAACAAGGCAUUGUUUCACACGCUAUGUUGAAUAUCACAGGUGUGUGGCUGCAAAAGGUGAGGAUGCACCUGAGUGUGAUAAGUUCGCCAAGUACUAUCGAUCCCUGUGCCCAGGUUGAUCGCUGGAACGAGCAACGCGAAAACGGCACCUUCCCUGGACCUCUGUAAUCCUACAAUGCAAAAGAAGUAUGAACUCACGAUGUUGUGCCGGCUUCUCUUCCUUGGUAACUGGCGCCAAGUUACCUUUUUUGGAGCUCUCUACAGAAUAAGAAAUCCCUUUUGGCUUGAAGAAUGCCCUGUUGCUCUUCCUAACGGUCAUGUUGUGCGCUGCUGAGAAACUAGCGUCACAGUUAACAAUUUUCUUUAUACAGUUCAGAAAAUGAUUCGUGAUUCCCCAUA